AUGGCAAGAUUCUUCAAGGCCUUCCAGCAAUUGUUGGUGGUGAUGAUCCUGGUGAAUGUCGGCAUACUUCAUCGUCAAUGCUGUGUCGUCUUUGGAUUCCCAUCAUCAGCAUCGUCAUCAUUCGCUCAUUCUCGUUCCACAACACAAUCUACGGCAUCAUCAUGGUCUAAUCCUGCAUACACCAAACGAUCAUACCCUCGUCAGACAUGCUAUUACUACUCUUCUCACGAGACAGAAAUUGCUGCCUACACCUUUGCCUUUGCCUCCUCUCACAUUGGUAUGUCGGCCAUUCGGCGAGAUUUGAUUGACCGCAUUGGCAAGUUUGCGCAAGGAUGGGUGGGUACUGGAACAAAAUUGCCCGACUUUUGGCCAGGAGAUGAGGCGGGACAAGAAAUCUUUCCUACCCAAGAAAUUGCCGGUCGUCAAUUGUACCGAAUCUUGUACACAACCGUGUCCUUUACAACCUUGGGAAUGGGAUUUGCUGCCUAUUUGCAUUCCUUGUCGGACGAUAUCAUUGCGGCAGCUAUGAUUCCUACUUUUGACAAAGUUGCAGUAUACUAUGCAGUGGCAUCACUUUCGGGCGGCAUUUCCAUUGCCUCGCUCAUCAAUCCAUCUCCACUGUCACUUGUACCCGUCUACGAACAAGGUAGUGACAGUAACGGAAAUGGGAAUGACGCAAUUGGUGUUACGACUAACAACAAUGGUAUCCGAAGAAAUGACUCCAAAAAACUCCAGGCCUAUGGACUCACUCGCAUCACGCGGCACCCUCUCAUUCUUCCAGUAGUACCAUGGGGUUUGACAACUGCCAUGAUUAUGGGUGGCCAGUUGCGGGAUUUUCUCUUGUUUGGAAUCUUGUCAGUAUACGCCAUUGCUGGUUGUGCUGCUCAAGAUUUGCGAGUCACUAAAGAAGAAGGUUCCGUGGGAACAGUCUUUGAUCCAGAUGAAUCGCUGCAGGGGUUCUUUCGCGAAACUUCCUUUUGGCCGUUUCAAGCCAUUUUGGAUUCUCGUCAAUCGCGGGAGGAAACGGCAAAAGAAAUCAACUGGAUUGCACUCGUAGCUGGAACUGGCAUUGGUUUCAAGAUUGAAGAAGCCUUUGUCUCCUUUCUUCAGAGCUUUGCUGAGAUCCCAAUUUCGUAG